UAUGCAGUACUCCUAACUUCGGUGUGCAGAUUUGUUGUACUGUUGAACUAGGUAUAAAAUGUAAUAACUUAAUAGGCUUGUGCAUCACGCGCAGGUUUCGCUUACUGUCUUGAGAUCAAAAUCAAAAGGAGAAGUAACGCUAGCUCGCUAGCCGGGGAGCUGUGCAAACUGUUUCACAUAAUGUUACCAGUAUGAACUGAAGUUCGACACCACACAUUUAUCUAACCACGGAAAAAUAAUUUAAAUGAAGAAAUGGUACUGAUUUAGCUGGUUACAAUCGAACUACCAAGAUAAGUUGUCAGGGAUUUGGUGAUUGGUAGCUAAGUCCCCCCUCCUCUUCCCUUGCUGGCGAGUUCACCAUAAACAUUAAUCUUUCGCAGCUUCCUUUUCUUUACGUCUUCCCGUAUCAUGUGAGUCCCGUCGAGAGAAAAACUAUCAGCUCCUCACCGCUUUCGUGUUUCACCCGUGCACCUGCACAGCGCUUUUUAAAACUUAGAAGAAUGAGCGCCGAAAUUAGGGCAGUCACUAUCAGACCCACUUUCACAGGUACCGUCGGUGUCGUGCUUUUGUUGGGCUGUCUUCGUGUUCUUUGCCUGAACACACAACUUUUACCUAGGCAGGGUGCAGUAACUUACACCGUGUCCGACAGCAUCUCCUAUAUGACCUAUUAUUUUGAGCAGCAGAUCGAUCACUUCGGAUUUCUUGAGAAUGGCACGUUCAAGCAAAGGUACCUUUUUAAUGACCAACAUUGGCACAGAAAUGGAGGCCCAAUUCUGUUCUACACCGGCAAUGAGGGAGACAUCACUUGGUUCUGCAAUAACACUGGUUUCAUGUGGGAUGUUGCAGAAGAACUGGAUGCCAUGUUGGUGUUUGCUGAACAUCGCUACUAUGGAGAAUCUAUGCCAUUUGGACCAGACUCUUACAGUGACGCUAAGCACCUGAACUACCUGACGUCAGAGCAGGCUCUGGCUGACUUUGCUGUGCUGAUCAAGUAUUUGAAAGAGACGGUUCCUGGAGCUCAGCGAAGUCCGGUGAUUGCCAUUGGAGGAUCAUAUGGGGGGAUGCUGGCGGCUUGGAUGAGGAUGAAAUAUCCCAACAUUGUUGUUGGUGCGCUGGCAUCCUCUGCUCCAAUCUGGCAGUUCACUGGCAUGGUGCCUUGUGGUGUGUUCUAUAAGAUUGUAACGGAAGAUUUUCACAAGAGCGGGCCUGGUUGCUCCGAAUCCAUCAGGAGGUCAUGGAAAGCAGUUGACAAUAUCUCCUCCACAGAUGAAGGUCUUGAGUGGCUGUCCGGUGAGUUUAGUCUGUGCUCCCCUCUCAAGAGGAAGGAAGAAGCUGUAGGUUUCAAGGCCUGGCUUCAAGAGACCUGGGUCAAUUUGGCAAUGGUUGAUUAUCCGUAUCAGGCAAACUUCCUCCAACCCCUUCCAAGGUGGCCAGUUAAGUAUGUCUGUAGGUAUCUCACUGACUCUACUGUGCCAGACAAACCUCUACUAAAGGGUGUGGCCCAGGCAGUGAAGGUGUACUACAACUACACAGGAAGUGCCCAGUGUCUCAAUAUUUCUCAGACUGCCACUGGAAACCUUGGCUAUAUUGGCUGGUUCUAUCAGGCCUGCACAGAAAUGGUCAUGCCCAUGUGUUCAGAUGGCGUUCAGGACAUGUUCGAGCCUCAAACAUGGGAUUUUGGGGCCUUUUCUGAGGAGUGCUAUGCCCAGUUUGGAGUGAGGCCACGUGCCGAUUGGGUGGGCACAAUCUAUGGGGGGAAGAAUAUUAAGGAUCACAGCAACAUCAUUUUCAGCAAUGGCGGCCUGGACCCUUGGUCAGGUGGCGGAGUGACCCGAAACAUCUCCAGCUCUCUGGUGGCCAUCAUGAUUCCAGACGGAGCCCAUCACUUGGACCUGCGGUACAACACCAACUAUGACCCACAGUCUGUCCUGGACGCCCGUGAAUUUGAGGUGAAUUACAUCAAGCUGUGGGUCACACAGGCAGCUAAAACACCAUGACCCCUGCCUGACCUGUGGGCCACUCCCACUCUCUGCCAUUGGAAGUCUCAGGUAUUCUGACCUCAUGUUUUGCUGGUGUUGUUGCUCUCUAGUUAUUAGUUGUAAUGUUCAGUGACAUUGUCUUUACUCUAAGGUUGUCCAUUAACAGCAUUCUACGUUCAUUUAUUCAAUCAAAUCUGUUGAUUCAUUGUGCGACAGUAAGUAUGUUUACAUAUGUUUUCACAUUAAUAUUCCAAUGUUAACCUGAAUGUAGAAAUAUUAUUCCCAUGACAUGUCAUGUAAACAUUUUAUUCUGUUAAACAUAACCUGAAUAAUCCAAUUUGCCAGUUGCCAGAAACCCAAACAAGACAUAGGAUAUACCUUUAUGAAGCAGAAUAUUGAGUCAUUUAGACACCUUUUUUUUGGAAUAUUCCUCCCAUAAGCUUUUGUUGGUGCAUGUACAGCACUUUGCAAGGAACCUUGGGUCACAAUUCACUCACUAGCUAGCUGUCACGGCUAGCAAAAAUGUUCACAGUUUUUAAGCAACAAAGGAAAUUGUUCACAAUAAGCUAUUUUCCAGCAGUGCUAGGAAAACAGCAUAAAUGUAUAAGCAAACAUUUUCCAAGCAAUUUUCCGAGGUAAGAUAAUUAGUGUGACAAUUCUUACCUGUCCUUUA